GCUCUGCAGACAUUUGUGUACACGUAUUAUACGGCUGCAUGGGCUGGACCGUGGAGUCAAUGGGAACAAGCUAACUUAACGCUGGCUAGCUUUCAGCUGGAAACCUAGCGAGGCUAUCUUGAGUAAUGUAGCUAAUGUGCUCGGGUAAAGUGUUUGAAAGCCAGUCUUUUUCUCAUAAUAGUAGGACUGUACUUUCGUGCAUGGGAAGCAGGCGACGUUUGCUGCGGCUGGCGAAAAACGCUUCAAGGUGGCGACAGACAAAGUUGCUGGUAAGCUGAGUUCUACUCUCUCAUGGGUGAAGAACUCGGUGUCCCACACGGUCAGUCAGAUGGCUAGCCAGGUGGCCACACCCACGUCCCUGCAGACCACUGCUACCUCCUCGUCGACGUCUCUGUCCUCGCCCGCCCUCUCACCAUCCUCACCAGUGCAACUCAGUCCUGAUGAUGUGGAACUUCUCGCCAAGCUUGAGGAGCAGAACAGGCUGUUGGAGACUGACAGCAAGUCGCUACGCUCCAUGAAUGGCUCCAGGCGGAACAGUGGCUCCUCCCUCGUGUCCAGCUCCUCCGCCUCCUCCAACCUCUCCCACCUGGAGGAGGACUCGUGGAUUCUCUGGGGACGAAUUGUCAAUGAGUGGGAGGAGGUGCGCAAGAAGAAGGAGAAGCAGCUCAAGGAUCUUGUCAGAAAAGGGAUUCCUCACCACUUUAGGGCAAUAGUGUGGCAGCUGUUGUGCAAUGCCCAAAAUAUGCCUAUAAAGGAUCAGUACUCAGAACUCCUGAAGAUGACGUCACCCUGUGAGAAGCUGAUUCGCAGAGACAUUGCCCGCACUUAUCCUGAACAUGAAUUCUUCAAGGAGAAGGACAGCUUGGGCCAAGAAGUGCUUUUCAAUGUCAUGAAGGCAUACUCUCUGGUGGACCGAGAGGUUGGCUAUUGUCAAGGCAGUGCAUUCAUUGUAGGACUGCUUCUGAUGCAGAUGCCAGAGGAGGAGGCUUUCUGUGUGUUUGUGAAGUUGAUGCAGGACUACAGAUUACGAGAGCUCUUCAAACCCAGUAUGGCUGAGCUGGGACUCUGCAUGUACCAGUUUGAGUGCAUGAUCCAGGAGCAACUCCCAGAGCUGCAUAUGCAUUUCCAGGCUCAGAGCUUUCACACCUCCAUGUAUGCCUCUUCGUGGUUCCUCACCAUCUUCCUCACCUCCUUUCCCCUGCCUGUCGCCACAAGAAUCUUUGAUAUCUUCAUGUGUGAGGGUCUGGAGAUAGUUUUCCGUGUGGGACUAGCCAUCCUUCAGAUGAACCAGGCUGAACUCAUCCAGCUCGACAUGGAGGGAAUGUUACAGCACUUUCAGAAAGUCAUCCCACACCAGCUUGACAGUGGACCAGAUAAGGUCAUCCAGGCUGCUUAUCAAGUCAAGUACAACGCCAAGAAGAUGAAAAAGUUAGAGAAAGAAUACACUACAAUCAAAACUAAAGAGAUGGAGGAACAGGUUGAGAUAAAGAGGCUGCGGACAGAGAACAGGCUCCUGAAGCAGAGGAUAGACACACUUGAGAAAGAAAGUGCUUCCUUGGCAGAUAGAUUGAUCCAGGGACAAGUGACUCGAGCUCAGGAGGCAGAGGAGAACUACCUGGUCAAGCGGGAGCUGGCCACAGUCAAACAGCAGAGCGAGGAGGCCAGUGCUCAGCUGGAGCAGGCCAAGAAAACCAUCAGGCAGCUCCAGCAGCAGCAGCAGCCACAAGCGAAGGGAGCCCCUAGGUACUCUGAGGAGUCUGUCCUGCAGCUGGAGAGAGAGCUUGUUCAGGCCCGACUGAAGGAAGCAGAGUCCCAGUGUGCCCUCAAGGAGAUGCAAGACAAAAUCCUUGAUAUGGAGAAGAGGAACACAUCUCUACCAGAUGACACCAAUGUGGCAAGACUACAAGAGGAGCUGAUUGGGGUGAAGCUAAGGGAAGCGGAAGCUCUGACUGGCCUAAAAGAGCUGAGACAGCAAGUCAGAGACCUGGAAGAGCACUGGCAGCGUCACUUGGCACGCACUGCCGGUCGCUGGAAGGACAGCCCCAAGAAGAACACCUUGAGUGAGCUACAGGACGAGCUGAUGAGUGUGAGGCUGCGUGAGGCUGAGGCCCAGGCAGAGCUCAGAGAAACACGGCAGAGGAUUCUGGAGCUGGAGACACAGAAUCAGAUUCACAGCAACCAGCUGCGACGGGCAGAGCAGGAGGGUCGCUGUCUCCAGGAGCGCGUGCAAACACUGACAGUGCAAAAUAAAGAUCUGCAUGUGCAACUGCAAGAGAUCAAGCGGAGACAAGCUGAGAUUGAAUGCAAGAGUAAGGAAGAGGUGAUGGCAGUGAGGCUGCGGGAAGCUGACAACAUUGCUGCUAUGGCUGAACUCCAGCAACAGAUCUCAGAGCUUGAAAUUGAGAAAGAAGAAGGAAAGGUCCAAGGGCAGCUGAACCACACAGACUCAAGCCAGUACAUCCGUGACCUCAAAGACCAGAUAGCAGAGCUAAAACAUGAGAUUUGCUGCUUAAAAGGGCAGAGGGGUAUGGCCAGUCAGCCCACUUUUGAUGGGAUCCACAUUGUCAAUCACUAUGCGGGGGAUGAUGAGUCUUAUCAGUCUUCAGACGAAGAUGGAGUCAAGGACCCCACCCUCCAGGACACCCAGCAGAGGAGCGGCGGCCGUAUCAGACUGCGCCCCAACCUUGGGGACACAGACAGCGAGGAGGAGGACGGGGAGGCCCUGCGGCUCUCAGUACCUCAGAGCGGCAGCCACAAGUCCACCACUCAAACAUCAGCAGACAGCUGGCAGAUCGUCAGUCUGGACCUCAGCAGAGAAUUAAAUAAUGUGGAACGCAUAAAACUCUACUGGGCCACAGAGACCAGAGGAAGAGGAGGAGGAGGAAGAGGGGUAGAGGGGGGAGAGGCAGUCUGUCUGUCUGUCACUCCUAACCUCCCCCUGCUGACUCCCACCUCCCCAGCAGCAGUGGAGAUCAGGUCUCUGCAGGGUUCAGAGCGAGCGAGCAGCACCGUCCGCAGGAGGAAACUCUGCAGUAGUUGGAUUAUUAUCACUGGUUUGUUCGCUCUCAGAUCAGAGAUGCCUCGGUCCUUCUUGGUGAAGAGUAAGAAGGCGCAUAGUUACCACCAGCCCCGGACUUUAGAGGAUGACUACAGCAGGCUGGACACUAUACUGGCGCAUAUAUGCUCGGAGGAGGGUAAACUCCCAGGUGACACCGACGUGACGGUGGACAGGUACGGCCUCUCUCCGGACUCGCACCCGGCUGACGCUGCUGAUUUCUCCCCAAAGUCCCCGCUCAGCUGCACCGACAGUCUGUGCGGUGGUUCCCCGGACUACGAGGACUUCUGGAGGCCUCCGUCCCCGUCUGCAUCACCGGCUGAUUCUGAGAAAUCCCUGUCUCCUCUGGUGGACGAGACCCAGCCCUUCACCACCGUUCCCUUCCGGCCGUACACGUGGAGCAGCUACCCGGGGCCUGCGCUGAGGCCCCUGGUGCAGCAGAAUCUCCACCCCGGCAUGGAGGUGGACAGGAACCCGGCGGCCAUGGCCUUUUACAGGGACCAGAGCUCCCAUUCUGCCCUGUACUCGGACCGAGUUCUUGGAGAGGAGGCUUACGGCGACUACAGGAGACACACCGCUGCUCUGCUGUUUCCUGAGAGAGGCCUGCACGGGAAAACACACACUGCGAAGACCCAGUCCGACCUGCUGUGUUCCAGUCUCAUCCUUAACAGUGCUUACAAGUGUGUCAAGUGCAGUAAGGUGUUUUCCACUCCGCACGGUUUAGAAGUCCACGUCCGCAGAUCGCACAGCGGCACCAGGCCGUUUGCGUGCGACAUCUGCGGCAAAACCUUCGGUCACGCAGUGAGCCUGGAGCAACACAAAGCCGUGCACUCUCAGGAGAGAAGCUUCGACUGCAAAAUAUGCGGCAAAAGUUUUAAGAGGUCGUCCACUCUGUCGACGCACCUGCUCAUCCACUCGGACACCCGGCCCUACCCGUGUCAGUACUGCGGGAAGAGGUUCCACCAGAAGUCGGACAUGAAGAAACACACGUUCAUCCACACAGGUGAGAAGCCGCACAAAUGUCAGGUGUGUGGGAAGGCGUUCAGCCAGAGCUCCAACCUCAUCACACACAGCAGGAAACACACCGGAUACAAACCUUUCGGCUGCGACCUCUGCGGCAAAGGCUUCCAGAGGAAGGUGGACCUGAGGAGGCACAAAGAGACACAGCACGGACUGAAAUGAAGCCAGAUCCUCUGCGGUCACUGCACAGAAUUCUGACUGUAGAGUCCGUAUAUUCUUACUCUUCAAGCGAGUGAGAAAAAAAGAGACCUGUAAGACAGAGGGCAUUUUCGCCUUGUACUCCAGUCUCCCUGCUGGAGGACAUUUCCUGGACUGAAAUCUAUGAUCCAGCUUCGUUAAAAGUUCAUGUGAAAGCACAGUAAAAAUAUAUUUUCAAAUAUUAUCCAGCGGCAGAUUUUUUUUUUUAAUUUAUUGUAUUAAGGAAAAUGUAGAAAACCAUCGAAUAAGAAAAGAAACAACGAUUCUGCAACACUAAACACACAGAACCAGCCACUGCAGGUUGUUGUGGAGGCCCGGAAAACCAGAGAUAAGCUGUGAGCUGUAAGACAUAUGAUGAAGCGUGAUGAAAUACAUUCAUCAUGUUUGUACGUCAACUGAUAUGAAUCAGCUUCAGUGGGAAAUAAACCCAAAAUAUUUGUCCUCUCACUUCAACAACCGGAUCGACAAAAAAAAAAAAAAAAAGCCUCGCCCCAGAUGAAAUCUGCGCUUCUCCAAAGAACAGAGGCAUUUUGUUGUUGGUUGGGACUGAUGCUGGCAAAACAGCCUCCUCACACUGUGUGAUUUUAUAAACAGGAGGGUCACUGCCCAUGUGUGAGCUGUCAGCUUCUAUUUUUCCCCCCACUUUGCACGUUUUGUCGUUUACAAAAUAAAUACAUUUACUUUUUUCAGGCUGUUUGAUUUUCUGUUUGGUUUAACUGAAAAAUGGAAAAAUGCAAUAAAAUGCACAAAGUGGAAAAUGA